AUGCCCAAAUUUCCCGUUUUAAUCGCUGGAGCUGGUCCGGCUGGCAUGCUCCUUGCUAUGCAGCUGGCGAGAAAUGGUGUCCGGAGCAUGCUUAUUGAGCGCAAUUCCACAACUACAAAAUGGCCCAAGAUGGAUGUCACUAACUGCAGGAGUAUGGAGCUUUAUCGAAGGCUGCGUAUUGCGGAUGGCUUCCGAGAACAAGGUGUCAAUCAAGACUAUUCUCUCAAUGUCUUGUUCAGUACCGGCCUAUCUGAUGGCGGGGAGUUAGUAAGCAGAUGGGAUCUUGCAUCUCCAAAUGAGUGGAGAGACCGUAUCAACUCUCAGAACGACGGGUCCAUGCCAAGAGAGCCUUACCAGCGAUGCAGCCAAAGUAUCUUCGAGGCUUGGCUGAAGGAGCAAAUCGAGUCAGAGCCCUUGGUUUCUAUGCAUUUCGGCCUUCGAUUUGAGAGCUUUCAAGAGACGCAAGGUGGUAUUGAAUCAAUUGCAAUCGCUGCAGAAGACGGCAAAAAGCACACCAUCUUGAGUGACUAUCUUGUGGGAUGCGAUGGAGCAGGUAGUAAGGUACGCAGAUGUCUGGGAAUUGAGAUGAUUGGUGGUCCGACGCCGGCAGCUAUGUUCCUCGUACAUUUCAAGUCUCGAGAUCUCUCCAAGCUUCACAAGCAAGGCCAAUUUUGGCACAUCUUCUUUACCACCGGAGCCGUCAUCAUAUCUCAAGACGAAGUUGACACUUGGACCGUGCAUCUUCCAAUCUCUCUAGACACGGACUGGAAAUCACUUGAUCCUGAAAAGGUCAUCGCCCAAGUGCUCGGCGGUUCUGGAGAUCCCUACCCUAUUAAAGUGGACGAGGUACUUGUAUCUAGUUCUUGGCGCCCAAGUAUCGCUGUUGCAGAUUGCUUUGCUUCGGAGUCCCUGCGGGUCUUCCUAGCCGGUGACUCGGCACAUCAGAACAUUCCUACUGGGGGCUACGGUAUGAACACUGCUGUGGGCGACAGCUUCGACCUUGGUUGGAAACUCGCUGCCGUCAUCAAUGGUGGUGGUGGAAGCCAUCUGCUACGGUCAUAUGAGAUGGAGAGAAAGCCCAUAGCCAUUCAAAACAUCGAACGCUCUGGAGUACAUCUCAAGGUUCAUCAGGACUAUGUUGGCUGGGUCGCAGAAGCUGGUCCAGGUGUGAUCCUUUCACAGUCAACAGAGGCCAAGGAGCUCAAAGAAAAGAUCCAUCGCCAUGUUCAAGAGCAUCCAAACGAGAAUCAAGACCACGGAAUUGAGAUGGGGUACCGGUACAACAACUCACCUAUCAUUGUGAGAUCAAAAGACGCAAGCAAAGAGCCCGAAUGGAACCAUCGGAACUACUUCCCCUCCACGUGGCCAGGUGCACGCGCUCCGCACGUGUUUCUAAGUGAUGGAAACACCAGCAUCUUCGAUCUUUUCGGACAAGGCUUCACUUUGGUUGACUUCACUCAGGAUGGUAAAUGGGCUGCACAGUUUGCGGAGUCUGCAAAGCGCCUCGGUAUUCAGCUAAAGCCAGUUCAUCUCCCGCAAGAAACGACUGCGCGAAAGAUUUGGGGCAGAGAUGCUGUGCUCAUCCGUCCUGAUGACUUUGUUGCUUGGAGAGCGACAGAAGAAGGAUACGAGGAAGACAUUGAAUCCAUACUGAAUGUCGCAGCAGGAUAUAAGGCCGCUGAUGUUGGUGCAACGAUGCAUAUACCUAAGGACAUCAAAACUGAGGGUUUUACAUCUACUGUAGGAAACGUAAAGCAGGAUGGUAUCAAGCUCACAGCAGCAUUUCAAAAGUAG